GUUAUAUUUUUCUUCUUUUGCUCUGUUCACAUUACUGAUUUACAACAGGAAGAGUGCCGUAUGUAAAUUAGAGAAUGUCUUGACGCAACUAAUACUUGAAACCGCUCAUUGCAUCAAUCCUACUUUCCAUUCUGAAUAUUCUUAUAUUAAAAAGCUAGAAUGGCUUCUCCUUUCCGUAAUCUCCUUAACAAUUAACAUUGCAGUUGUAAGCGUUUCCGUUUUCAAUAGUGAAAAUGAAAUAAUAUAUUUAAAAUAUCAACACAUUUCAUUAAUUAAUGUUGCAUUCCUCGUAAUUUACGUAUCAUACAUUAUGUUGAUAAGUGUAAUAAUCCAAAUUGCCGUUUAUUAUUACGUGCUUGUAACUGCCAUAAUAAGAAAAAAAGUGAACGAAGCCAAUCAGCAAUUUAAAUUUCUCUUCGAUCAUACAGAAAUGAUCCACAUGCUUAAAUCUGUGCAGAGACACCAUCUGAAAUGUCUACAGAUGAUAGAGGCAGCCGAUGAAUUCUUUCAGUUAUACAUUUUCUGUGUUUAUUCUGUCAUCAUUCCGACUAUAUUUUUGCUUUUCUGUAAUAUCCUUGUUGCAGAAUAUUCUAACUUCAGUAAUAUUUUGUAUUUUCAUAUUUUGAUGUGCUGCAUAAUUGUCCUGGUCGUUACUUUAGAAGCCGGUGGACUAUCUUCCAAGGCUCAUCGUCUAGAAUUUAUUUUACGUGAAGUUCCAGUUCUUGAAAUUCCGAAACGUCAAAUAUUUCAAAUUAAUACUUCGUUAGAAAGACUGAGAGGAUCAAGAAUUGGUUACAGUUGUUUAGGAAUAUUUGUUGUUUCUAAUAACACUUUAACAAAGGUAAUUAGUGGCUUGACGACUUACAUCUUGAUGUAUAUGCAAAUGAGGCAAAAGUCAGAACAAAGAAAUUUUCCAACUUUAUCGAUUACGAGUAAAUAAAUGCCUGUUUUUAUCUUCUAUUGUCAACUGAUAACCAAAUUUCGAUGCAUUCUAUGACUAUUGCGAAUAAUACAUAUAAAUCAUUAUAUAAUG